AUGGCCGCUCCUGAAAACAAAAACAUCUCAGACCUUAACGGCAAAUGGGUUCUGAACUCAAGGCUCUCUGAACCGACUGGCCCUACGCUCUCUUUGCAAAGUGUCGGGUGGAUGACCCAGAAACUCAUCAGUGCUGCCACUAUCACAAUCCAGAUUACGCAAUACUCGCUCCCCGCUGAAGUAUUCCACGGAGCAGAAGCGGACAAGAACGUGGUUCAUAUAAAUAUUGAACAGACCCUCACGAAGAAUCUGAAAGGUACGGCAGAGCAGCGAUGUUUGGACAAUGAGUGGCACGAGCACUCGGAUUGGCUCUUUGGACAAGUACGAGGAAAGGCCAAGUGGGCUUCAUACGAAGAGUUGGGUGGUGAUGAUCUCAAAGCUGGCUGGCUCGAGAAUGAGAAUGAGGCAGUUGGGCCUUCUCGACGCACUCAUAUACUAUGCCGGGUGGAAAGUCUUGAACGCGGUUGGGUCGCGAACGAGGUAUGGGGAUUCCAAAUGAUAAAUAAUGAAAGGCGUUAUGUGCGAAUUGUUGUCGUAACUAGUGGAGGAAAACUCUCCAGGAUGAGAUUGGUCUACGAUUGGAUAGGGUUUGAUGUCAAAUAA